AUAAAUCAAAUAUAAAAAAAAAGGUAAAAAUGGAAUAUGAGAUUUUAGGUUUGCUCCUACUUUUACUUGCAUGGGCUGCAUGGGCUAUAUUGACGGAGCGACGACAACGACGACUCGAGGAGUAUGGGCGGUUGCCACCAGGACCACGGUGGUGGCAACUAUUAGCCAACAUUUUUCAAUCAGGUUUUGCACCACAUGUAUCAUUUGCAAAAUUGGCUAACAAACAUGGUCCUAUGAUGACCCUAUGGCUAGGUUCAAUGACCACAAUAGUUAUUUCAUCUAAUGAAGUGGCUCGUGAAAUGUUCAAGAAUCAUGAUAUCGUCCUCGCAGGUAGAAAGAUAUACGAAUCCAUGAAAGGCGAUAUAGGAAAUGAGGGUUCACUCAUCACUAAUCAAUAUGGUCCACAAUGGCGUAUGUUAAGACGAUUAUGCACCACAGAGUUCUUCAUUACAAGUCGUCUUGAUGCCAUGAGAGGUGUACGUACAAAAUGCAUAGAUCAAAUGCUUGAAUUCAUGGAAGACGCGGCUAAUUCAAGCACAACUUCCAUUGAUGUUGGAAGGUUUUUCUUCUUAAUGUCAUUUAACCUAAUUGGAAACCUUAUGAUUUCAAAAGACCUAGUUGAUCCAACAUCAGAUCGAGGUGCAAAGUUCUUCUACCAUGCAGGAAAAGUUAUGGAGUAUGCAGGAAAACCUAAUAUCGCGGACUACUUUACUAUUUUGAGAUGUCUGGAUCCACAAGGUAUAAGGAGGAAGACGCAAUUUCAUGUUAGAAGGGCAUUUGCCAUCGCGGGUGAAUACCUUAGAGAAAGAAUGGAAGAUAUCGAAAAUAGUGAUGAGAGAAAAAAGGAUUAUUUAGAUGUACUUCUUCGAUAUCGUGGUGAUGGUGUUGAGGGGCCUUCUAGGUUUUCAUCUCAAACGAUUAAUACCAUACUUUUUGAGAUGUUCACAGCAGGGACAGAUACAACUACAAGUACAUUAGAAUGGGCAAUGGCUGAGCUACUCCACAACCCUACUACUCUCCAAAAAGUUCAAGAUGAGUUAAGAAGAGUCAUCAACCCCUCGAAAAAGCUAGAAGAAGAAGACUUGGACAAACUUUCUUACUUAAACGCGGUGAUCAAAGAAACCCUAAGGUUACACCCUCCACUUCCAUUCUUAGUCCCACACAUGGCCAUGGACUCUUGUAACAUGUUAGGUUAUCACAUCCCAAAAGAAACACAAAUUCUUGUUAACGUUUGGGCGAUUGGUAGGGAUCCAAAGACGUGGAAAGAUCCUUUGAAAUUCAAGCCAGAGAGAUUCUUGGAACCUAACAUGGUAGAUUAUAAAGGUCAUCAUUUUGAGUUCAUACCAUUUGGUUCUGGUCGAAGAAUGUGCCCUGCCGUUCCCCUUGCUUCUCGUAUGUUACCACUUACUUUAGGGUCAAUUCUACACAAGUUUGAUUGGGUCUUAGCUAAUGGAGUGAAACCACAAGAUUUGGACAUGAAUGAAAGAAUGGGGAUGACUUUGAAGAAAGCAAUUCCAUUAAAGGCUAUACCAUGUUUGUACAUAAAAAAUAUCCCCCAAAGGACAAAAAAAUAAGAAUAAGUAGAAGUUAUAGCUCAAAUUGUAAGGGAGAAGACUCAAGUACCCCUUAGAUUAUGAUCGAAUUAACUAAAUUAAGGUUCUAUUAUUCCCCUGAAUUUAUUUUUUUAGUACUUUUGUACACCUUUUAGCUUAUGUGGCACACCCCGUGACUCCAAGCAGUUGAGGCGCGUGGGAUAUAUUUAGAUAUCAUAUAAGCCAAAAAGGUGUACAAAAUUUUCAAAAAAAAAUGAAUUCAGAGGGCUAAUAGGAUCUUGAUUUAGUCAAGAUGUGUUUCUAUAGAGAUUUUGGUCAUAGUUUAGGCAGAUACUUCUACCUUUUCCCCCAAAUUGUAAUUGUACACCUUUGAGCAUGAUUCAAUGUAUGUGGUGUUUUUUAUUUUAUUUUGAGAUGUCAUUAUACAAUUAUUAUAUACAUACUAGAGACAUAUGAGUUCAU